GAUUUAUAGCCAAAAACAAAUUAUGAGUUAAACACCAUCUUGUAAUAUCCUGAUUAAGUCAAUAAUUCAACCAUUAUUAUGUACACAUUCACAUUUUUCUUCUUCUUUAAUUUCUGCCUGCCAACUUCCAAUAGCAGGGUCCAUUUUAUUUUAUUUUUUAAUGGUAUGGCAUCUACUGGUCACUGUUACAAUAGGAUGUGUAUCCAAUUACCAAGAAGGAAACCACAAAAAAAAAAAAAACUGUCCUUUAAUCCCCCUCGUCAGCUGAUUGAAUGAACAGUAUUAUCAAAAUUAAUCAAUUUCAUUCGAAGACUAAUUAUUAUUUAAUUAUGGCGGCUGAUCAAUUUAAUUAAUAACUAAGCCUUCAAACAAGGCUGUGCGCGCAGUCGACUUCUUCCUCGUUGGUUCUCCAUUGGCUGCGGCUUACCAAUAGAUCAAUUAGUAACAAUUGAAAAAAAUAAUCUCUAGCUAAGAGCCUUUUCGACAUUGACUGGCGGCUGACCAUCAAAUUGCUAUUAUUCUAGCAGGGGAUGCUAUUAUAUAUCCAGAAAUCAGAAUCCAAUGUUUGUGGAAACAAUUAGUGUAUAGUAGAAUAGAUAAUGGGAGGAAACAACUCUCUUUAACUCUUGAGAUGAUAUAUAUGAGUCGGUUCACCCCGAACUGUAUCGAACGUGUCCAACCCAUUCAAUAUUUACAUUUAUUUUAAACACAAACAAUUAGAUCUGUCAUUAGCAGCAAGUCGUUAGGACUUAGGGUAAUGCAAUCUCAUUGAGGGGAGGAAAUAAAAGUAAAGAUUAUAACAAUUAUAACUCAGCGCAUUUUUCAUUGAACUCAAAUGAACAUAACGAUCUCGAUAUUGAUACGUACAAAGACUAUGAAAUAUGUGGUUUUUUCCAUUCUUCCAUUAAAAUAUAUAUAUGACUUUCUUUUGUUCACUCGAUGUUAUAAAAUAUUCUACUUAAUUAGAAAAUGUUCAUGGAAGAAAGAAAAUGUUCAUGGAAGAAAGAAAAGUUCCACGUUGAAACUUUUGGAGGAGUAAAUAAUUCAUUGAGAGCUGUUAAACAAAGUAUAUAUAAUAUAUUUCAUACAGAAACCCUUGAAUUAAUUUGGAGGAGAAUUUAUCAUCAUAUGCAGCUGUUUUCCAAGUUCAAAUACUUAAAUUAGAAAGUGAGAGAUAUUUUAUAAUCUGUUCAUCAUUUUUAUUUAUAAUAAUCAAGGCCGCCGAAGCCGAUCGAUAUAUUCAUCGAGCAAAAGGAGGUUAUCUUAUGAAUAUAUAAUAUUUUUGUCCAUUUCUCUCCUAAGUCCCAACACCAAAACUAGCUUGCUGGUAGACACUAUUGACCAGCCCAUUCUUUUUUGUCAAACUAAGAAUAAUUGAACAAAAGAAAGGAAGAAACGGUCAAAUUUCCCUUUCAUUUCAUUUAUUUGCGUUGGUGUGACGUUCACAUCAACAUCACAUGCAAUAAUAUACGAUUUUAUUUCAUUAUUAAUCAAGUAUAGACAACACCUAACCAAUAAUCAAAGGAUUUAAUCUCUUACAUUAUUAUAUAUUUUCAUUUCUCGAAUCCUUUCCGUCCCCUUUGUACCUAUUACCCGCCACAACUUGGUAUGCAACUUCGUAUCAAUUUCCACUACCAACCAUUCCUCUCUCUAUAGUAUAUAAACCCUACCGUUGUUCCCCCUUCAAUUAUUUCUCAUCAUCAUAAAUCCCUUUUCUUCACCAUCAAACUCCACACAAAAAAACAUGGCGACCACAACGUUAAUCGACUAUGACAACCCCUCCACCCUUCUCAUCCUCUCCCUAUCAACCCUCAUCGCCCUCUUUUUCCUCCUCCGCCGGAGCCUCAGGAAGACGGCGGCGCCGUUUCCUCCCGGCCCCCGCGGCUACCCGCUCAUCGGCAACAUCCUGGACCUCGGCAACAUGCCCCACCGCACCCUGACCGCCAUGCGGGAGAAGUACGGCGACGUCGUCUGGCUCAAGUUCGGCGCCAAAAACACCAUGGCCGUCCUCUCCGCCAAGGCCGCCGCCGAGCUCUUCAAGAACCACGACAUCAACUUCAUGAACCGCAACCUCACCGAGACCACCAAGUCCCACGACUACCACCAGGGCUCCCUCGGCCUCUCCCCCUACGGCACCUACUGGCGCGUCCUCCGCCGCCUCGUCACCGUAGACAUGCUCGUCCUCAGGAAGAUCAACGACGGCGCCCCCGUCCGCCGGCGCAACGUCGACAAGUUGAUCGACUGGGUCCGUGACGAGUCCUCCCCCGCGGCAGGUCAUCAACAACCAGCGCGUGAGAUCCACUUGGCCCGACUCGUGUUCCUGACCACGUUCAACCUGCUGGGCAACCUGCUCAUGUCCAAGGACCUGGUGGGCUCGGACUCGAACGAUGCGGACACAUUCUUCGAGGCGAUGAUGAAGCUGAUGGAGUGGAGCGGGCACGCCAACGUGGCCGAUGUGUUCCCCUGGCUGCGAUGGCUUGACCCUCAGGGCUUGAGGAAGAAGAUGGACCGGGACCUUGGGAUCGCGCUAGGGGUUGCUUCCAAGUUCGUCAGGGAGAGGAUCAACCAAGGAGAGAAGAAGAAGGAGAAGGAAGGCGACAAGAAGGACUUCCUCGACGUGAUGCUCGAGUUCCGAGGCAACGGGAAGGACGAGCCCGAUCGAUUUACCGAACACCAGAUCAACAUUUUCAUCUUGGAGAUCUUCUUGGCGGGAUCGGAGACGAGCAGCAGCACGAUCGAGUGGGCAAUGACGGAGCUCCUCCGCCACCCGGAGUCGAUGUCCAAACUGAAGUCCGAGCUGGACAAAGUGGUGGGACCCGACCGGAAAGUGGAGGAGUCCGACAUCGACGACCUCCCGUUCCUCCAAUCCGUCAUCAAGGAGACCUUCCGCCUCCACCCGCCGCUCCCUCUGCUGGUGCCGCGGCGCGUGGAGGAGGACGCAGCCUACAUGGGCUACCACGUCCCCAAAGGCACGCAGGUCCUGGUCAACGCCUGGGCGAUCGGGCGGGACGCGGAGGCCUGGGGGGACGACGCGUGGGGGUUCAAGCCGGAGCGGUUUUUGGGGUCCAAGGUGGACUUCAGGGGCCAGCAUCACCAACUGAUCCCGUUCGGAGCCGGGCGACGGGUCUGCGCCGGGUUGCUGCUGGCCCAUCGGAUGGUCCACCUGGUGUUGGGGACGUUGGUCCAUGAAUUCAACUGGGAGCUUACCGUUGACCCCAAGGAUCUGAACAUGGAUGAUAGGUUGGGGGUGACUAUGAGGAGAUUUGAGCCGUUGAUGGCCGUGGCAAGACAAGUCAGGGAGUGAUGAUAAUGUUCGUACGUCCAUGGUGACGUCCCACUUUGACCUUGGAGCAAAAUGUGUUUUGGUUUUUCUCUUCCUUGAAUAAUGAUAUAGUCACAGU